CAGCCAUGGCAGAACCACAGCCCACGUCCUGCGGCCUUACUGACAAGGCCGCCCUCAGUUGCUGCCCCGACGCAGACCCCAGCACCAAGGAUUUUCUAUUACAGAAGACCAUGCUACAAAUUAAGGAUCCUAAGAAGUCACUAGAUUUUUAUACUAGAGUUCUUGGAAUGAUGCUACUCCAAAAAUUUGAUUUUCCUUCUAUGAAAUUUUCACUCUAUUUUUUGGCUUAUGAGGACAAAAAUGAUAUCCCCAAAGAGAGAAAUGAAAGAGUAGCAUGGACAUUCUCCAGAAAAGCUAUACUUGAGUUGACAAACAAUUGGGGCACAGAAGAUGAUGAGACCCAGAGUUACCACAAUGGCAAUUCAGACCCUCGGGGAUUUGGUCACUUUGGAAUUGCUGUUCCUGAUGUUGAUGGUGCUUGUAAAAGAUUUGAAGAACUAGGAAUCAAAUUUGUCAAGAAACAUAAUGAUGGUAAAAUGAAAGGUCUGGCAUUUACUCAAGAUCUUGAUGGCUACUGGAUUGAAAUUUUCAAUCCUAACAGUAUAGCAGCUAUUGUGUAGUUGUGUAAGAACACAUCUGUGAGGUGCGAGUGAAGACCAAAAGAAAAAGGAAACAGUAUAAUUGGAGAUACUCAGAUACCUGGAGCAUCUAGGAUCAAUGAAUGGAUGGAUUGUGUCCUAAUUCAAAUUAUUUUUAAGUAAUUUCCCUUUCCUCCUGUUUCCGCAGUCCCCCACCCUCCAUAACUGUAUAUUCUAGUUUUAAAGUAGUACAUUACCAAUGACCUUGAAUGUAGUUGUAUAACUUUACUUUUUAGGUAAUAAUUAGAACAAGUCCCUUCAGGGGCUGCAUUUACUGCUUUCUAUCUCCCAAUUGCCUCUCUUCAAGUCUGCCUUUGAAUCUCUUUCUUUUUUUAAGUUUUUUUUUUGUGGUUGUUAUCUUCAGGGGUUUCCAUUCCUCAGAAAUACUUUUCACAAUGCAAAGUAAGGAACAAUGAACAAAAAUGAAACUUCACAUGUACUUCAAACAAUACAAAGUGUUUGUUUUACAAAAAAGAAGGAAUUCCUGAGAGCAAUUCAGAAUCAUGCUGACAAGGAUACUAAUAGAAUAAUAAAUGUCAUUUCUUUUAUAAGAUAAUUUCAGAGCCCAAGUCCAAGUCUCAUUUACCUGAGCGUGGGGAGGAAGAAGGACACAAUCUCUACCCAGCUCCUAAACUCGGCUGUAACAUACUCUUUGCUACUAACUAAUCCUGUGAGAAAGAAGGCAGGAUGUAUAGAAUAAUGUGAACAAAUUGGGCACUCAAGUUCUCACCAUCACUUUACUAAUUUAGAUUAUGCCUCACUAUUAUACCUUACAAUACUGCUUGUAUUCGACUCUUGUAAAAACCUUCCAUGAGUUUGUUACUGUGCUCUUGGCUCUUAGGUCUGAAUGUAGUGGCAAGAGAAACAACAUAGAAGUCAGUAGAAUAAGAGUGCUUUCAGGACACCUGGCAGUUUUCAUCUUGUGACGUUUGUGUUACUUAUGAGGAGUCCUUAUGAAGCCAGUAUCCAUUUAUGAUCAAUUAUAUCCAACAAUAACUGAGAUACUAGAAGUAGGCUCAGCAAUCUUCCCUCCACUGUUCAAUGGGUUUCAAAAAUCAGAGCGAUUCUGAAAAUCUCUUAUGGCCUGAAGGAUAAAAAACAAUCCAGCCUGUAGCUGAACUCCAUUUAGAUUUUCCAUAGACACUAAGGAAAGAUUUGGAUAGGCCAUGCCAACUGUUCUUUCUCUGAUAGAAGUACCUCACAUUUUUCACAUUACUUUUUUGUAUCAAACAGUUUAAUGUGAGCAAUUUAAACAAAUUGUACAUAUAGAAUGAAAUAAAAUUUUAACAGUUUAAUAUGAGCAAUUUCAACAAAUUGUACAUAUAGGAUAAAAUAAAAUUUUAAGUAUUACUUUAA